AUGGCGCACCAAAUGUCCACUGCAACAGCUUCGUGGUGGUGUCUUGUGGUGGUGGUGGUGUGGUGCUUUCUCGCACUCGGUACCGUCGAACCGGCCACAACAGUGUCCAGCUCAGUUCGGCAGGAAGGCGCGAAUGUAGUCCGGGAUGGUGAGGAAAGCGCACCGCCGCCCACUGGCUCGAGAGCAUCGUUCACCGUGUACGACUACUUGGCUGUCGCAUUCAUGCUGAUCAUCUCGAUUGGCAUCGGCGUCUUCUAUGGGUGGUUCGAGAAGAAGGGCGCCGCGAAUGGCGAUGCGAGCGAUGCAGAUUCCAGCGAUGACUUCCUGCUUGGGUCGGGCAUGAGCCUGUUUCCGGUGACGCUUAGCCUUACCACGAGCUUUAUUACGGCUAUCGAGCUGCUCGGCAACCCGUCGGAGAUGUUUUUCAAUGGCACGCAGUUCUCGCUAAUCGUCAUCUCGAUGGUACUGGUUGUGCCGGUUGCGGUGAAAGUGUUCUACCCGAUCUACUACAAAUUGGAGGUCACCAGCUGUUACGAGUAUCUCGGGAUGCGGUUCGAUAAGCGGAUCAGAGUUUUUGGCGGUGUACUUUACAUCCUUCAGAUGCUGUUCUACACGUCGGUAGCCGUCUUGGCACCUGCCAUCGCCCUCUCGGAAGCAACAGGUCUGAACAAGUACAUUGCCGUCGUCUUGAUCUACUUUGUGUGCAUCUUCUACUCGUCGCAGGGCGGCAUGAAGGCGGUCGUUAUCGCUGAUACGUUCCAGGCUUUGGUGUUGCUGCUUUCGCUGAUACUUAUACUCGUGCUCGGUACGCACUACUCGGCCGGACUGUCCGAUGUGUUUAGUCGGGCUGCGGAACACGAAAGGAUUGAAUUUUUCAACUUCGAUCCCAAUCCGACGACCCGCCAUUCGGUGUUUUCCGUCAUCAUCGGUGGCUUUUUCUACUGGACCUCGAUGUUCUGCACCAAUCAGGCGUCCGUUCAAAAAUGCAUGUCAUUAAAAUCGUUGAAAACGGCCAAGCAUGCACUCUAUUUUUCUCUGCUCGGAUUGAUUGCGGUGUUUUUGAUGAACUUCUACACGGGAUUGAUGACUUUCGCACACUAUUCCGACUGUGACCCGCUGGCGGUCAGCCAGAUCACGGCCAUGGAUCAAUUGCUGCCGUACUACGUGAUGGAUGUGUUCGGACAUAUCAAAUUCAUGGCGGGAAUUUUUGUGGCCGGCAUCUUUGCAGCUAGCUUGGGCACCGUUGCAGCGGCACUAAACUCGUUGGCGGCUGUCGCAUCCGAGGACCUGCUGGAAGCCGGCAUGCAGAUCAAGAUUCCGGACGGGAAGGGUGCCCUGUACGCAAAAUGGAUGUCCCUGGGCUUUGGAUUGGUAUCGUUCGGUCUGGUGUUUGUGGUGGAACGACUCGGCGGCAUUCUGCAGGCUACCCUUACACUGAACGGGCUGAUCGGUGGCGUUACGCUCGGAUUGUUCAGUCUUGGAAUAUUUUUCCGUCGAGCCAACAGUAAGGGUGCUUUGCUGGGCGGAAUCCUGUCACUGAUCCUGGUCAUAGUGGUAGGAGUGUUGGCACUGCUGUACAACGAAGAUACACCGCCACUACCUUCAUCGGUGGAUGGUUGUAACGCGACCGUUAUCUCUCAACUAAACCCUAAAGCAUUUGCGUACGAAAUAGAACCCUCGGAUGUUUCGGUUGUUUUAGCACUAAAGCAUGAAACGAACGAACCAUUCCGACAGCUAUUAACGAUCGUCAAAAAAGAUGGCUCGUCUGAUGGAACUGAGAUGGAAAAUAAUUUCUAUGGAUUAUCCGCUGAACAUGGUUCAGCCAGCAUGCACAACGAAGCUUUGAAAGCAUUUCCGAAACAGGAAAACGCAUCCAACAGUUCGUCCUCAUGGUUUGCGGCGGUGUACCAAAUCAGCUACAUGUGGUACAGUUGCCUCGGGACUUUGCUGACGGUGAUCUUCGGCUUACUCAUUUCACUGUUCACGUCGGACGAUGGUUGCAGCUGCUGGAACCGGUCGCGCAUCACAUCAGAACUACCCACCACCACCACCACCAGCACAGUCACUAACAGCACACUCAACUCCAAGGAAUCAAUCCAAUCCAAAACGGUCGUAAACGGUGAGCCGGCAAAACGUAGCAAACUCAGCGUUGGCUCGAUGGCACCGCUAGCACUGAUGAUGGGCACCUCGGUAAAGCGGUGCCCUUCCGGUGGUGGUUCGAGUUACGCCAAGUCAAAGGAAGUUCUUGCGAACGAGGCAAGCAUCGGUUCCAGCACGGCAAGCAUAUACUCCAUCGGCCAGCAGACGAUUACUUCCGAGCUGGAGGGAUCCUACACGGAAGAAGGUGGCGACGGGAAAGAGUUUGGAUCACCGGCAGCGUGGCCAAAGAUUCGGUGUGGUGAUACCAGCGAGAAAGCUACCUGUCCUACAUCACAGCCGUCAUCGAUGAAAGUGGAAAGUGAACGAUUUUAA